AUGAGGGAACCAGUCAAAGCAUUCACAACAGGGCAUGAAGAGCUGAUACACGAUAUUGAGUACGAUUUUUAUGGAAAGCAAUUAGCUACGUGCUCAUCAGACCAACAUAUCAAAGUUUUUGACUUUGAUCCUUCUACAUCAACCUGGAUUCUGAAUGACUCGUGGAAAGCUCAUGAUUCAUCGGUAGUUAAAUUAGCUUACGCAUCACCAGAGUUUGGUCACAUUCUGGCGUCUAUUUCUUACGACAGAACAAUAAAGAUUUGGGAACAAGAUUUGGACGAAGAAGCUGGAUCUGGGAAACGUUGGAAGCGGUUGGCCACUAUAGCUGAUUCUCAUGGACCUCUUUAUGAUCUUGCGUUUGCUCCAAGCCACUUGGGUUUGAGACUUGGAGCGAUUGGGAGUGAUGGGGUCUUGAGAAUUUACGAUGCUGUAGAACCAGCAGAUCUUAGCAAUUGGACAUUGACUAAUGAAAUCAGUGUAUUAGCUACACCACCGGCAUCAAGGUUACAGUCUGAUUUUGCCCUAACUUGGUCACCAUCUCGUUUUUCUAAUGAGUACUUAGUGGUAUGUGCAUUGGACCAAGGAUUCAUAUAUCAGAAGGGUGAUCAUGACAAGUAUGUUUUGGCUAGCGUUUUGCCUGAACACCAUGGACUUAUCAGAUCUGUUUCGUGGGCCCCCUCCAUGGGGAGAAGUUUUCAACUGAUAGCUACAGGAUGCAAAGAUGGAAAUGUACGUAUUUUCAAAUUGAGAACAGAACCAGCUGUUUCCAAUGGAGCAGAUAUGAUAACCGAUGGGGUAGAUGAGUUUGUUGAGAACAAAGACACUCAUAUUGAGCUACUUUCGAGUCAUGAUGACCAUAAAAGCGAAGUGUGGAAAGUCAGUUGGAAUACCACCGGCACAAUUUUGAGCAGCUCUGGAGGUGACUGUAAAAUUCGGUCUAUGGAAGGCCACAUAUUCAGAUGA